AUGGCUUGUGGAGAUCGACGUAACGGUGAGAUCAGAGCUCAUGUAAUGUCGGAGAAAGAGUACCACAGCGAGCCCGAGUGGCUUGGUGGGAGUCGUAAAAGCAGCAGCAUGACUGUAUGGCGACACGCUGUGGACGUUCAGGCCCCUCUACGCAUAUGGAUGACGAUUGCUAAAUACCACGUCCGGCGCGUCACGCCAAGGGUCGACGCGAAGAGGAAGCGCCUCUCCACGGCUGACGCGAUCCGCGGGGUCCGUUCUGUCCGUUGA